CCUCUGUGUUUACCAGACGCUAAAGUCCGAUCUCCCCGGUAAGCAGCAAAUGAUUCCAACUGGAUCGCCGAGUCCGGUAUAUCCUCCGUCAGCCAGGUUUCUGUGAAGCUCUACACUGACAUGACAGCAUGGGGGACUGCAGCACUCAAUUCAUCACCAGAUUCGAUGACUUGUUACAUGGAAUUCAACCUUACAUCAGACAUUCACGCAAGCAUAGAUGCCCUAUUACACCACAGGAGAGAUUUGCAGUUACCCACCGUGUCCUUGCCUCUGGGAAUAACCAAAGCGUAUGUCUGCGAGGCAGUUUGGACUACCAAAUGCUGUACAGUGGUCGGAAACUUCAAAGGAAUUCUGGCAAGAAGUGACUACUUCAAUUACAAAGGGACACAUUCCCUCGUCCUGAUGGCAGUGUGCCAUGCGACCUACAGAUUCACCAUGGUGGACAUAGGAGCCUAUGGCAGCGAAAGUGAUAGUGGAAUUUUCCAGGAGUGCAGAUUUGUGAGGGAUCUGCUUCUCAGAAAUUUGGAACUAGUACCCCCUGCCAACCUUCCAGGUUCCUCGGUGAAUGUACCACAUGUGUUCUUGGGCGAUGGUGCGUUUUCUCUGCCCCAUAAACUGAUGCGGCCAUUUCCAGGAAAAAACCUUGAUGAUGCCAAGCGGAUCUACAACUACGUACGUCCAUUCACGUGCCAGGAGGGUGGUAGAGAACAGCUUUGGCAUCCUGGCAGUGCAAUGACCCAUACUGGGACGACCAAUGAAGUUCCACCCACAGAAGACAGUAAAGGUUGUGAACGCCUGUGUGUCACUGCAUAACUAUUUACGCAGCACAGAUGCUGCCAACACCCCAGCCACCCGCUACAUCCCACCCAGGCUCACAGACUCCUCUACACCAACGGGGGAUUCUGUGAGUGGAGAGUGGAGGCCAGUGGUGGCAGGUGACAAUAACUUCUUGGACAUUGCAUGGUGUUUGUUGCAUGUGUAUAGCUUCAUUUGUUGUCUUUGUAUGAUAACAAUUCCAAAGGUCCCUUAUUUUUUAAUAUUCUGGAUCAUAGUUUCCAGAUUUAUUCCAUUAUCUAGAUCAAUCUGUGAUAUUUUGUACAACCUGUUGGAAACUUGUCCUGUAUUUUUGUUUCUAAGUGCUCUGACCAUUUUUUGUGGAGUUAUAUGCACAAAUGUCGAAA